AUGUAUCGGUACCUGCAUUGGCUGUCCGCCAAAAUGGAUAAAAUCUUCACAUUACUUCAGAAGUUCAGACUGGAUAAAUACUACAAAAAAUUCAUUGAUCUUGGGAUUGAAGAAGAACUGGAUUUUUUUGACAGCGUCAAUGAUGUGACCUUAAAAUCCAUGGAUUUUUCACAAGCAGAGAGGAACCGGUAUGGCAAUAUGAUUGCUUAUCUGCGAAGAAUUGGCAAUGCACCAGUUCCAGAGAUGCAAGGAAUGACUGUAAUGAAGUCACUUAAUUCAUUUCAUAUAUCCUACCGAUUUCCAAAAUGUCCUGGGAUAAAAGAGAUCACAGGUAUAGAUCCCUCACAAAAUACAGUGGAGGACCUGAUGUUGCGAAUCUGCCAUGAAAACAAGGUUGACAGAAACAUGUCUGUAUGCCUUUACACUGCUGAUGGUAUGCCUUUGACUGAUGACCCCUUCUUCAACACAUGGUCUUUGAAUGACAGACAUAUUGCAAGUGGGAGUGAACUGUAUGCCAUAUUUACACCAAGGGAAAAUUUAACAGCGUUACCACUGACACAAAGACAGGCCAACAUCAGAAAUGAAGGACCAAGUGUCAUCCGCUGUCACAUAAUGUUACAGGGAGACUUUGAAAUCAAAGUCAACCUCGAAAGUGAUACACUGAGAGAUGUGACGCUGCGGCUUUCACUUGAAAGUUGUAUACCAGCACCAGUUCUUCACAUCAGAGGCGAAGAGUAUAAUCAUGUUGACAAACUUAAUGAGCUUGGAAUCACAGAGGAUUCAGUUCUACAGUUCUCUCUGUCAUCAUUUGAUAAUGAGAAACCAAAUCCAAGUCUUUUGUUCCAAAAAGAUGUCAGACCCUCAGUGAAGCAAACAGAGAAAGGCCUAAGUGUAUUUCUGUCAACGCUGUAUGCCAUUAUUGCUGUUGUUGAGGGUCUUUACUUUCUUUUCCGAGAGUUGUUACCAGGUCGUAAUGAAACAUCAGGCCCAAAGGUCAUUGAAGAUGGUGAUGUUUUUGAAUAUGCAAAUAUUUGCUGGGCUUACUUGAUUGCUCAAGGAGAGAAUGAAAGUCCUGAUCUGGAGACCUAUGCUACAAUUUCUUUGAAAGCUUAUCCUACUGGCCAGCGGCUGUGUGAGCCAGUGAGAGUACCAGGGACACCAGAAGUAUUUGACAGGUCGUACAUACUGGAAAAAAUCACAGGUAAACACUGGAACUGA